AAGAUAAAUAAAAAUGGAGGUGUGGACUGACAUCUCAAAGUUCAUCAGGUGUGAUCGGGACAGGAUCUCUGCUGUUGAUCUCAGACCGCUUCCCCGACAUACAACAGAGGACAUCAUCUCAAAGUUCAUCAGGUGUGAUUCAGGGGUUUACAGAGGAUUUACCUGUUACCAACGGCCGUGGACCGUGAUAUGAACCUGGAAGUGUUGUGCCUGUCUCUCCUUCUUUUUGAAACCUCCUGUUUCACUGAGUUUGAGAUUACUGUUCCCAGAGACACUGUCACUGGGUUUUACGGUGAGGCGCUGAUCCUCCCCUGCACAUUCCCUGUGGGCAGCUCAUGGGAUCUGAGAAGCACCGUUAUCACCUGGCAGCGUGGACUGGAUGUUGUUCACAGCUUCUACUACAGUCAGGACCAGCUCGACCGCCAGAAUCUGCAUUUUGUCAACCGCACCAGUCUGUUCAUUCAGAAGAUGGCAGGAGGAAACGCAUCACUCAAACUGGACGAAGUCACUCUUCAGGACGCCGGUGUGUACACCUGCUCCGUCAGCACAAACACUGGCAGCCAGAAGAAGAGCUUUGGAGUGAAAAUUGCAGCUUUCUACUCUGAACCUCGUCUGCAGUUCUCAUUGUUAACUGAUGGAGUGGAUCUUCUGGUGACCUCAGAUGGGGGUUACCCUUCUCCUACACUGCAGUGGCUGAUGGAGAACUCAGACAUCACUAACCAGACACAAACACACAUCACGCAGGACACACAGACAGGACUUUAUGUUGUUUCUAGUUGGAUAAAUCUCACCGACGUGUCAAAUUCCUCUUUGACGUUCAUACUGCACAACAAUCCCCUGGGACAAGACAUCAGGAGAGAGAUCCAGCUCUACUCAGAUAAGAGUGAGAGGCAAGGAGAGUCAGCAUACAGAUGUAAUGGGUGCUUCAUAUAUAUCCCAGUUAUUCUGCUGCUGAUCGUGAUGAGUGUAUCGUUUGUGUUCAUUACAAGAAGAAGAAGAAGAAGAAGAGAACAGACAAAACAAAAUGGCUUUACAGAAAUGAAAUCCAGAUUCUUAAUGGAAAAAGUUUAAUACGUCCAUAAUGGUUAUGUUACAAAACCACUUCAACUAACAGUUAUCCUAUUCAUGAAAUUUAUGAAACAUGUUCUGUGAUUUGCAAGACCGACAACAGCAUUAU